CUGUUUUGGCAGAGGACCACCGAGUCUGUGAGAAGGGUUGGUCGGGACAGUUCCGGCGGGAGAACGCGGCAGUGAGGUCCUCGUCUUCGUCUCCUGAUAUGCACCGACAGAAUUUUCGACCCCCGACUCCUCCCUACCCCGGCGCGGGUGUAGGAGGUUGGGGUAGCGGGAGCAGCUUCCGGGGUACCCCGGGCGGAGGCGGACCGCGGCCGCCCUCCCCUCGGGACGGGUACGGGAGUCCGCAUCACACGCCGCCGUACGGGCCCCGGUCUAGGCCCUACGGGAGCAGCCACUCUCCGCGACACGGCGGCAGCUUCCCGGGGGGCCGAUUCGGGUCUCCGUCCCCUGGCGGCUACCCUGGCUCCUACUCCAAGUCCCCCGCGGGGUCCCAGCAGCAUUUCGGCUACUCCCCAGGGCAGCAGCAGACCCACCCCCAGGGUUCUCCAAGGACAUCUACACCAUUUGGAUCAGGGCGUGGUAGAGAAAAAAGAAUGUCUAAUGAGUUGGAAAAUUAUUUCAAGCCUUCAAUGCUUGAAGACCCUUGGGCUGGCCUAGAACCAGUAUCUGUAGUGGAUAUUAACCAACAAUACAGCAAUACUCAAACAUUCACAGGCAAAAAAGGAAGAUACUUUUGUUAACAUUUCUGAAAUUCACCCGGAAGCUUCAUGUGUCAGGAACAUCUUGGACAAAACUUUUACUCAUGUAAUUAAGUUGAACCCUAAGAUGGUGACUUUGAAUAAUUAGUUGAGUCUUCUUGGUAUUUUUCAUCAUAUCAAGUAUUGUUGAUAUUAGAAAAGACAUACAGUAGAAUAACUUGCAAUAUUUAGCUCUUUGGAAGUGCCUACCACAUUUUAGAAGAUUUACAGUUUCCAAAUAUUUGAAGUUCAUGGUUAUAUAAUGGACAUUUGUCUUUCAAUGGUUUUCCAAUGUUUUAAAAUAAAACAUUUUGUUUUUCUAGAUAUA